AUGAACCAGAUCUACGAACUGCUCGACCGCGGCUAUGUCCCCGACGUCGUCCUGCGUCGCGCCAUCCGCCUGCUCAACGCCCAACGCAUCCGCAGCCUCGCCAAGCCCGAAGACGACUUCGGCCAGCACAUCUCGCUCAAGAAGGAAUACAUCCGCUCGCUCAAAACGCGCGAGAUCGCCAUCGAACAGGAUAAGGCCAACGAACAGCACUACGAAGUCGACACCGGUUUCAUGCUCAGCUGUCUCGGCAAGCGCGUCAAGUACUCGUGCUGUCUGUACGAGACGGGCAGGGAGACGCUGGACCAGGCCGAGGAGGCCAUGUUGAACUCGUACUGCGACAAAGCCGGUCUCAAAGACGGACAGGAUGUAUUGGAUCUGGGGUGCGGUUGGGGCUCGUUGUCGUUGUACCUCGCCGAGAGGUAUCCCAACUCCCGAAUCCAGGCUCUGUCCAACUCGCGAACGCAAAAGAUCUACAUCGACAGCAUCGCCUCGGAACGCGGCUUCAAAAACCUCACCGUCCACACCGGUGACGUCAAAACCUACUCCUUUCCCACCUCCACGUUCGACCGAAUCUUGAGCAUCGAGAUGUUCGAGCACAUGAAGAACUACUCUCUCCUCUUCGCCAAAGUCUCCUCCUGGCUCAAGGACGAUGCUGCAUCGCGUUUGUUCAUCCACAUCUUCUGCCACCGAACCACCCCUUACCACUUUGAGGAAGACGACGGUUGGAUGGCGCAGAACUUCUUCAGUGGUGGAACCAUGCCUAGCUUCGACCUCUUCCAACACUUCCAGCAGCACGUGACGCUCGAGGAUAGUUGGUGGAUCAACGGUUCGCACUACGCCAGAACGUGCGAGGAUUGGUUGAAGACCCAGGAUGAGAACCAGAAGAAACACAACCAGAUCGACAUGCUGCGUAAAGAUGCCGUCAAGAAGGGAAGCACAGCCAUCGAAGGCGAAAAGACGUUUUACAAGUUCAGGAUCUUCUACCUCGCCUGUGCAGAGUUCUUUGCUACCAACGCGGGGAACGAAUGGGGUGUAGGUCACUAUCUCUUUUCCAAAAAGUAA